AUGAAGCAAGUGAACAACGUAACAGAAUUCAUCUUGCUUGGCCUGACACAGAAUGCAGAGGCACAGAAACUCUUGUUCGCUGUGUUUACACUCAUCUACUUUCUCACCAUGGUAGGCAACCUACUCACUGUGGUGACAAUCACCACCAGCCCAACCCUGGACUCUCCUAGGUAUUUUUUUCUGUCUUUCUUGUCCUUCAUAGAUAGCUGCUGCUCUUCUGCCAUAGCCCCCAAAAUGCUAUUUGACUUAUUCACUGAAAAGAAAACUAUCUCCUUCAGUGGGUACAUGACUCAGCUCUUUGCAGGACAUUUCUUUGGGGGAGUUGAGAUCUUUCUGCUCGUGGUGAUCACAAUGAACAGGCAGGUGUGUGACCUCCUGGUGGCCAUGGCAUGGGUCGGGGGAUUUCUUCACACUCUGAUUCAAAUGCUUUUGAUAGUCUGGCUGCCCUUCUGUGGCCCCAAUGUCAUUGACCAUUUCAUCUGUGACCUUUUCCCUCUGCUAAAACUCUCCUGCACUGAUGCUCACAUCUUCGAACUCUUCGUUGUCACCAACAGUGGGCUGAUGUGUAUGCUCAUUUUUUCUUUUCUUAUUAGCUCGUAUGUCCUAAUCCUCUGCUCACUAAAGACUCACAGCAUGGAAGGACCGCGGAAGGCUCUCUCUACCUGCACCUCCCAUAUCACUGUGGUCGUCCUAUUCUUUGUUCCCUGUCUGUUCGUGUACCUUCGUCCCAUGAUCACCUUCCCUAUUGAUAAAGCUGUGUCUGUGUUUUAUACUGUGGUAACUCCCAUGUUAAACCCUUUAAUCUACACCCUCAGAAACGCAGAGGUGAAAAACCAUGAAGAAGCUGUGGAGCCAAAUAAUAUGGGAUAA